CCAAAGAAUUCGCAUUCUGUUGGUACUGCUUGCACGAAGUUAAUAAUUCAAGUCGUAAUAACCAUCUCUGUGAAGGUGUAGAUUCACGUCUAGCCAUUCUCAAAAAUGCAGUCAAAAAGGAGAUGUAUACGGGGUACCAUCGUUCCGUGCGUGCCCUAAAUGUGGUACAGUUAUCGAACAUGGCCGGGACUGCAAACAUAUGCCAUGUCCUUGCGGUCAAAAAUUCUGGUUGCAUAACCCGCGAAUGGGAUGGUCAUGUGGUUCAUCUGACA